AUGCUAAAAUUUUGGUUGUUAAUAACAUUUUUUGUUAUUUAAAAUGCCUACGAGCAUUGGAGUACUGAGUAUACUUCUUUUACUUCUACAGAUUUUAUUGAUAAAGAUGGUUUUAUUUUAAAAAUUACUUAGGUUGGUUUAUUCAAGGAAAUAAUGAAUAGUUUUCAAGUAUUUGUGAUGGGACAUUAUUAUUUGGAGGUUUUAAUGUGUUUGGAUCAGGAGCAAAAGUAUAAAGAUUAAUAACUCUUCCUGCACAUUUUAAAAUAAGAAUUAGUUUUCAGUUUUGGAAGUAGCAAAAAUAAUAUAAUAAAAUAUAGAAUAGAUAGUUGGGAUGAUGAACAUGUUUAUUUUAUAUUUGAUGAUUAUGUUUAAACUGAUAGUUGGUAUUGGAAUACAGGGAUUGUAAAAUGCGGUAAUCUUCAAUAUCCUGAAUAAUGGAGAGAAGUUGUUACAAAUUACAAUUUCACUUUUGCACAUAACUAAAAAAAUCUAGUUGUAAUUAUAACAACUGAUUUAGAUGAGCUUCCAAUUACAGUAUUUUAAAUUUUUUUAAUAUUAGGAAUCAUGGGGAUUUAGAGAUUUUAAGGUAGAAAUCUAAUCAUGCUCACCAGGUUGUUAAAUUUGUAAUAAUGAUACACCAAAUGAAUGUUUGUAUUUUGAAGAUAUAGAAAUUAAUUGGCUUGAAAACUUUAAUUUUGAUGGAUGGACUUUAGAUUAAUAACUAUUUGACAAAAUAUAAUCAUGUUUAAAUGUAAUGUUAAUUGGAGGAAUAGAUACAUUUACAGGCAAUAAAAAAUUAUAGAAAUAAUUUAUUAAUUUAAUCCCCCAUUAUAAAAUAAUAUUGCAAGUUUAAUUAUGGAAAUUUGAUUUAUGGAAUAAUAAUAUAUUUUAUAUAGAAAUAGAUGAUUAGAUUGUUUACUAAUCAAAUCUUAUUGGUUAAACAGAAGUAACAUAAUUGUGUGGUAAUAAUGGUGGGGAAAUGUUACUAAACAUUUACUCUAACUAUUCUCAUACUUUAAAUUAAAUGCUAAUAAGCAUGAAAUCUAAUAUUGCUACUUUAAAUGGAUCUUGGGGUUUAAGAGCAUUUAGAUUAUAUUUAGCGAAAUGUUAUAAAACCUGUCUCUUUUGUUCAGGUCCAAAAAUGAAUGAAUGUUCAAUUUGUAAAGACGGAUAUAUUUUACAUAAUUUUGAAUGUGUAGAUGGUAUAAUUUUAUCAUUAUUAUAGUGAAAUGGAUCUUAGCUUAAAAAUAAUAUUUUAAUUCAUAAGAUUUUAUAACUUAAGAUGGAUGGUCUAUUUUAAAUACAUAUAAUAAUUAAUCACCAUUUUUAAAAUGUGGUGUUAUUGAUAUUGUAGGAGGAUAUAAUUUAUUCUCAAAUGAUGCAUCAAUUAAUUUGUAGAUGGAACUUCCUAGACAUAAAAAAAUUAGAGUUUAAUUUGAAUUUUGGAAAAUUAAAAGUUGGGAUAAUGAAUGGUUUUAAGUAUUUGCAAAUGAUAUUCAAGUUCAUUAAAUGUAAUUUGGAAAAACUGGAGUAGUAACUAAUUGUGGAUCAACAAAUUUAGACAUCUAUAUAAUUAAUUUUGAUUUUGAAUUUCUACAUUCUUUGCCAUCAAUCAAUUUGAUGAUGACAUCAACAUUAAAUGGAACUCCAGAUAAUAAAUCUUGGGGAAUUAGAAACUUUUAACUCUUUUAUGGAGUUGCAAAGGAUUGCAGUUCCUCUAUUAUUGAUUUCAUAACGUUUUCUUCAUUUAUUGCAACUAAUUAUAUUAAAUCCUCCUCAUAUUCACAUGAUUAGAAUUUUAAUAAAAAUAUUCAAAUAUCUGAACUUGCUAUAUCUUUAGAGCCAGAUUUUGAUCAAACUGUGAUAGUAGCUAAGGAUAUAAAAAAACUGACUAUAACAGUCACCUGGCCCUGUUUCACAGAAGAUCUAAAUUUUUCCAUUUUAAUUUUACAAAGUAGUUAUCCAGACUAUAAAACUAUUACAUCUAAAUGUAAUCAUAAAAAAUCUAAUAUUGUUAAAUUGGUGUUGAUUUUAGAAAGCAUUAUACCAUUAUAAUCUUAAAUUAAAUUAUAUGCAACUUCAACUUAAUUUUAAAUUUAUUAAAUAGUUGAUCUCUAAAAUCAAAAGCUAUAUGAUUUAUUGGUAAAUUGA